CAGAUGGAAAAGCCCUACAACAACAUUCCAGAACAACUGCUGGGACUACAGGCUCAGGAACACAGCAAGAGAUCAUACUUGAAACAUGGCUCAGAGUGAUUUCCUCUAUCCAGAAAACCCAAGGAGGCGGCAGGAAGUAAACCGCCUUCACCAGCAGCUCCUUGACUGCUUAUCUGACAGCUUCCAUGCCACCAAUAAGCUGAUAGGGGUUCUAAAUAUGCACUUGGGGUGCACGCUGACCUCCAUUGAAAUGAAAAGAGAUGGAACUAUCAAAGAAAACUGUGAUAUCAUCAUCCAAGCCAUAAUGAAUAUCCAAAAGGAACUGCAAAAGGUUGAUGAAGCACUAAAAGAUAAACUAGAACCAACCCUAUAUAUAAAACUUCAGGAUAUUAAAGAAAGGGAAACAGAGAAGAUUGCAAUAGUACAAAAGGUUAUUUCAGUCAUUCUGGGAGAAGCUACAUCUGCAGCCAGCGCAGUGGCUGUUAAACUCGUGGGCUCAAAUGUCACAACUGGCAUAAUUAACAAGUUGGUCACUGUGUUAGCUCAAAUUGGUGCUUCUCUCCUUGGUAGUAUUGGAGUUGCUGUUCUUGGUCUUGGCAUAGAUAUGAUCUUCCGUGCCAUCCUGGGGGCAGUGGAGAAAACACAGCUUCAAGCAGCCAUCAAAAGUUAUGAGAAACAUCUGGUAGAGUUCAAGUCAGCCUCAGAAAAAUAUCAUCAUGCCAUUACUGAGGUCACAGAUAUGGUGAAACAUCAAAUGAAAUGAAUAGUCAUUUUAUUUGCCACUGGAAUAUUUUUCUGCUUCCCUCUUAAUAACAGCGUUUGCUUCUUUGAUUUUCCAUAUGCUUCCAAUAUGGGCAAAAAUGGGAUAAACAGUUUGGAAAGGGAAACUGGAGAUAUUAAAACUAGAUGAAUCUUGAGUUUCGUGUAAACAAUGAAUUAAUCAGUUGAUGCAGAUCCUGUGAGGUUAAAAACUAUAUCCUAGGAUGUUUUCUCACCUUAUUCUACCAGAUCUACAUGGCAGUAAAUGCUAUCACAGAGUAGCAGGUGUAAGAAUUGCUUUUUACUUUUCUACUUUCCAGUCAAAUCCUUAACAUUUACAUUUAAUGCAGACACUUUCAUGUCUACCACUAGCUUCAAACAUCACUUAUAUUAAGUAACUUCUGGCUAGAUACAAACCGAAUACAAUAAAAUAGAAAUGCUACCA